AUUUAUAGAAUUAACUAUAAAUCCAUUUAUUUUAGCCAGACUUAAAUAUAUUUUAUUUCUGAGGAUUUUUUCGGAAACACUAUUCCGGAAUCCUACCGGAAAUAAGUUGGCAAAUAGAAUAGCAUUUCCUUUUAUGACGAGGCAAUUUCGGGAGAACGGUGAGAUAACAGUCGAGACAACAUUUUAAUUUUUUAUAAGAUUCAGAAGCUACGGAAAAUAAGUUAAAUUGUAGAAAAAACAUGCCAAAAGAAAAAUCAACGAGGGCGAAAAAGAAGAAGGGAGGUGAUGUUAUGAGAAAGGGGCGAACAAAUAAAAAUGUGGAAGGUCCAGUUGAAUUUCAAGAGCAGACGACAAUGGAGACAUCAACAAAUAACGGAUUUGAGGGAGAAAUGGAUGUAUCACCCAGAGAUGAACCAUCGGGAUUCCGCAUGGAGAAUUCCAGGGAAACCAUUCGAGGAAUUGGCUCCACAAGCAAACAAGAUACCAGAAAAAAUACCAGUAGAAUUUCAGCAGUUGAUGUUAGAAAUGAAGUAAACAACUUGUUACAUCUAGCAACAGCCCCAAAUACUCAGGAAACAUACAACCAGGGACUAAGAUGCUUUGAGGAAUUCCAGGAUUCCCUAAACCUUAGCAAAAUAUGGCCCCCUACGUUAGAGCAAAUAGUUCUAUUUAUAGGUUAUAUGUCAGCAAAACAUCUCUCAGUGGCAACAGCUAGAACUUACAUUUCAGCUAUUUCUUACAAACUAAAAAUUCAAAACAAUAGGGAUGAAACUCAAAGCUUUCUGGUUAAGAAACUCUUAGAAGGAUUCAGAAGAAAGGUCAAGAAAAAUGAUGCCAGACUGCCAAUUACAUCAAAUAUAUUAAAUCAAAUACUACAAAGUUUGCACUUGGUUUGUACAAACUACUAUGAAUGCAAACUGUUUCAAGCCGCCUACACUUUAGCAUUUUUUGGUUUCUUUAGAGUUGGAGAAAUGACAGUAAAAAACCAAAAAGAUCUGGGACAUGCAAUUGAAUAUGAAGACAUAACAAUGUUUACAGAAGAAAAUAAAAUCCAAAUAAAAUUAAAGCAUUCCAAAGUGGAUCAAAUAGGGGAAGGAGAAACAAUUACUAUUCAGAAUAGCCAAUUUGGGUCUCAAAUACAACCAAUUAAGAUUAUUCAAGAAUAUCUAGCAAUACGACCUUCAGUGCAGGGGAAGUUGUUCUGUCAUUUUAGUGGACAACCAUUAACUAGAUACCAAUUUACGGCAGUUUUAAAUAAAGUUUUGUCGAUAAUAGGGUUAGAAGGUAAAAAAUACAAGUCUCAUUCAUUUAGAAUUGGGGCAGCAACCAGUGCAGCAAUGUUUGGUAUGUCAGAGGAAGAAAUCUGUAAAGCAGGAAGAUGGAAAUCUAAAGCAUACAAAACUUAUGUUAGGAUGUAAUCAUAAUAUAAAUGUAGGUGUAACCCUUAAGACUGUCAUAUGUUUAAGUAUAUAUGAAAAUGGUUUCAAGUCAUAUAAUUAUAUAAUCUUGUCAUGUCUCUAUAUAUACACUUUCAGAACAACAGGUAUGGGUAGUGGGCUCAUCAAUAGUCAAAAGAGCAUUUUUAGCAGCUAGAAUCAGACCAGAUGGAGUUAACUUGGGACUAAUGGAUAGAUUAAAUGUGUCUAUUUGGUGGCAAGGAAAAGGGGGUAUGGGCUGGUAUGAAAUGUACAACAAGAUCAAAACAUUGCUGAAAGUUGCUGACCCUCCUGAUUACAUUAUUCUACAUUGUGGUGGUAAUAAUAUUGGGUACACACCAAUCAAACAGCUUAUACAAGAUAUGAAAGGUACAAUUGACAAAAUUUGGAAACUUUUACCCAAUACAAAGCUUGUAUGGUCACAAAUAUUGCCUAGAAAGAACUGGUAUUCAUCAGAUAGCAUAGAAAAAAUGAAUAAUUCUGCAAAAAGAAUCAACAGUUCAGUGGCGGCUUAUAUAGUAAGGAAUGGGGGAUGUUAUAUCAAGUAUUUGGAUAUCAAACUUGUAAACACAAAUCUUUUUGAGGCAGAUGGGGUCCAUAUAUCAAAUAUAGGCAAUGAAAUUUUUCUCAACAACAUUAGUGCAGGGUUAGAACAAUUUAUAACGAAUGGAUGGCAAGUGUAUCCAAAGUUAUACUAGAAUUUGGACGGGGUAUUUUGUGGCAAGGUCUUGGCUCCAGGAACUAGCCGCUUCCCCCCCUUGGUGGCGGUGGCUUCAAUGGUUAAUAUUGUAACCAUUUCCGCCAUGUGGAAGAAUGCGCGUCUGGUUCCUGUGAUUGGACAUUGAAUGAUUUGAUUGGACAAUAUUGUAUGUAUUGAAUUAUUUGGUGACAAUUUGGUCACAUAUAUAUAUGAUACACUUUGAUUGCCGCUCACCGGAAUCAUAGUCAUAUGGUUUUUUGUUUAAUUGAAAAUUGACAUUUUAAUGAUUGAUGUUUGGGGGUGAUUGCAAAUCGUCUCAUUGCCGUCAACCGGAAUGAGAAGAUCUGCGAAAUUUGUUGCUUGAUUUUAUGAUAUAACAUUAGGCAAUGAUGUGUUUUUGGCCUGUACCAUUUGGGUGUCAAUACACAGGUGUAAUUUACAUGGUAAAAUUUUAAUGUAAAACUUUAAAAUUUUACUCAUUGCCUAGUUGCCAAGACCAACAACAGCCACAAUGGGGAGGGGGGUGUUGUUAUAAAAUACAAUAAGUGCAAAAAAUAAACUUGUAUAUAGGUAAACAUAAUGUUAUGUCUUUAUUUCCAUCCCAGGACAAGGUCAGCUUACAAGUACAAUGUACACUACAAACUGCUAUCAUUUUGAAGUUUUGCAAGGCUGGUCUAUAAUAAUAAGAUUUAUAGAAUUAACUAUAAAUCCAUUUAUUUUAGCCAGACUUAAAUAUAUUUUAUUUCUGAGGAUUUUUUCGGAAACACUAUUCCGGAAUCCUACCGGAAAUAAGUUGGCAAAUAGAAUAGCAUUUCCUUUUAUGACGAGGCAAUUUCGGGAGAACGGUGAGAUAACAGUCGAGACAACAUUUUAAUUUCCCUUCCCACCCAUCCCAAAAAGUUGUAAGAAUAUGUACUGCGGAAAAUGUUUUCAAUUUUUCAGGUGAGCUCGAUUCUUGGAUAUAGUUCUGGUUAUGGGAAAAGAAACAAAUACAAUGGAGUGUGUUUGAAAAGACUGUCUUGGCAACUUGGGGCCAGAUAAAGUACAUUUUUGAUUACGGAACACAAGAAGAAUGCGCGUCUGGUUCCUGUGAUUGGACAUUGAAUGAUUUGAUUGGACAAUAUUGUAUGUAUUGAAUUAUUUGGUGACAAUUUGGUCACAUAUAUAUAUGAUACACUUUGAUUGCCGCUCACCGGAAUCAUAGUCAUAUGGUUUUUUGUUUAAUUGAAAAUUGACAUUUUAAUGAUUGAUGUUUGGGGGUGAUUGCAAAUCGUCUCAUUGCCGUCAACCGGAAUGAGAAGAUCUGCGAAAUUUGUUGCUUGAUUUUAUGAUAUAACAUUAGGCAAUGAUGUGUUUUUGGCCUGUACCAUUUGGGUGUCAAUACACAGGUGUAAUUUACAUGGUAAAAUUUUAAUGUAAAACUUUAAAAUUUUACUCAUUGCCUAGUUGCCAAGACCAACAACAGCCACAAUGGGGAGGGGGGUGUUGUUAUAAAAUACAAUAAGUGCAAAAAAUAAACUUGUAUAUAGGUAAA